GCACACUCAGACAUUCCUUCCAGACGCCAAAGUCACAUAGAGGAACAUAUUGAUCUGGUUGUGUGUUUUCAUUCUUGCUGGAUAAUUUCACCAUAAUUUCAUCAGCUGCUGCUUUAAUGUUGGAAUUAUGAGCCUGACUGCGGACAAGGCGCAUGGUGGGAUGGACCUCACUGACCUCCUGCUUAGGCACACAGAUGAAACCGCCGGUUGCCACAACAAUCAACCAUGGACUACAGUUCAUGACACCCUGAACCCUGAAGGAAGCACUGCUGAUGACUUCCUGGAGGCCCUACUGGGUGCAAGUGACUGCUCCUCUGCUACAGCUUCCCCCCUGUGGUCACCCUGCACCACUGACAGUGGCAUCAACGAGGACCCCCCGGCAGAUCCCACAGAGAGCCUUCGCCCUCCUUCCUGCACAUCUUUUUCAGCCUUUGACACACAGUCUUUUCCUCAGCCUCCACAUCUGGAGUAUCAGCCACCACCAAAUGAAAAUACUGCUUAUGUUUCCAUAGAUUUUGGCUGGGAGUCCACUGACCUCCAAGAGCAGUUUGGCAUUGCAUACUGCCUCACUAGGAACCAAAGCUCCCCUCUGUCAUCUACUCAGACUCUCACAGUGAAGGACCUGCUGCUGUCCAACUUGGGACACACAGCGCAACAAAUCCCCCAGUAUUCCCUGCAAGAGCUUGUACUUAAUGAGGAUGAGAAGAAACUUCUGGCCAAAGAAGGGGUGAACUUACCCAGCAACCUGCCCCUGUCCAAGUUGGAAGAGAGAGUUUUGAAGAAGAUCCGGCGGAAAAUCCGCAACAAGCACUCGGCUCAAGAGAGUCGUAAGAAGAAGAGGGAAUACGUUGAUAGUCUGGAGGGCAGGAUGUCUGCAUGUAAUGCCACCAACCUCGAGCUGCAGAGAAAGAUCCAGCGGUUGGAAGAGACCAACAGUGCUCUGUUGGAGCAGCUAAGCAAGCUGCAGGCUCUCCUCCCUAACAGCACCAGCAAAACAACGCACAGAGGGACCUGCAUCCUGGUUUUGCUCCUCUCCUUCUCCCUGCUCAUUUCCUCAAAUCUUCAGCCAGAACCUUACAGCCAGCUCAGCCGGGGAGAGUACACACAGAUCAAAGUGCCGCUCCGCUCCCUGCAGUCAAUGGAUCAAGCACGAGAUGUCCCUCCACUCCCUCUCCUGUCUGUCUCCGGGGGAUUUGAGAACCUGUGCAGCCGGAUGAAGAAGCUCUGACCACAGACACAUCUGCCCAAGGCAGAUUUCUCAUUUUCUUGUUGAUUUGCAAGCACAGCAUCCAAAUGAGCAGUUUGAUUGCUUAACAGUGUACGUCUCUCACUUUCUCACUGCAGAGAGUGAGGUGUUAUGGAUGUGUUUGCCAUCCACUCCAACUCACAGACACACAAACAGCUCGUUUAAAGAUUUUCUCAAACUGAAAUUCCUUCAGAUGGAGGUCAGUGAGGAGCUUUGUUUUUUCACUUUGCACAAAAGAGCCUCUGGGACUUGUUGAAACAUGUUUCAUAUUUCUUAAGGUCUACCACUGCAAGAUGUAGGCAUGUAUAAAUUCUGAAAUGACACAAAUGUAUAUUCAUUCUGUAUCGUGUUAUUUACUUUUAAUGUAUAUAUUGAAAACUUUUAUCAAAAAUGCAUUUUGUAAACAGUUCAGUGUAAUACUGAUGCAACUGACAAAAGCACAAGAGAAAUAAAAAGUU